UUUUCGCAGGAAAAGAAAACCUCUCGAGAUGGAGAAGCUGAGAGGAGUUGUGUUAUGGUUGGCAUUCUGCUUAGGGACUGCCGCUGGUGAAAUGUGUCAUUCCUUGCCCGGGGAAAGUGUUUUUCCGCACGAGCAGCAGGGUCGAGCUUCAGGUCAUGAAUUGCAAUUCAGCAAAGCUAUCAUUUCCAAACCAGCGCCAUCGUGGGAAGGCACAGCAGUCGUUGACGGCCAGUUCAAACAGCUUUCUUUGGCGGAUUUCAGAGGAAAAUAUAUCGUUUUCUUCUUCUAUCCGCUCGAUUUCACUUUUGUAUGUCCUACGGAGAUUGUGGCCUUCAGCGACCGAGUGGAGGAUUUCCGCAAGAUGGGUGUGGAAGUGGUGGCUUGUUCUGUGGACUCUCAUUUCACUCAUUUGGCGUGGGUGAAGACUCCGAGAACCCAGGGAGGUUUGGAGGGACUGAAGAUACCCUUGCUCUCGGACAUCACGCACCAAAUUGCCAAAGACUACGGGGUUUAUCUUCAUGACAUGGGUAUUGCGUUGAGGGGCCUUUUUAUUAUUGAUGACAAGGGAAUCCUGAGACAGAUUACGAUGAAUGAUCUCCCCGUUGGCCGUAGCGUGGAUGAAACUCUCCGUCUGGUGCAGGCAUUCAAGUUCACAGAUGAACACGGAGAAGUUUGUCCUGCUGGCUGGAAACCAGGUGGAGCCACAAUCAUUCCGACUCCUGAAGAGAAACUGAAAUAUUUCGCUCAACAGCAUACGGAUCUCUGAGUUGCCUCAAUGCCAAGGAAAGCUACUACGUUGUUUGAAAAUUGUUGCUGUGUUGAACUGCUUGACGUGUGUUUCAAACUUUUGGAAACGGGAAAAUCCUGCGGAUUGUGAUGGAAAUGCAUUAUUCCUGUGCAGAA